UUCUUCAGUCUGUCUUUACCAUUGAAAGUACUCGGCUCGAACUCAUGGGCCAAAUUAUUUCAAAUUUCAAAUAGAUGUGAUUGAUUUACGGGAGAUACAUAUACUUAAUAUUCAGAAUGGAUUUUGUGGCUAAAUUGUUUUGGUUCAUUCUUUUAAUACUGGCCGCAAAAGUAUGCGCCGCGUUGGCCAUUCCAUUUCCCACAAAAAGUGAAGCAUAUGCAGAGACAACUGAAAAAAGCGAAUCUGGAAAAGCCCAAGUGAGCAGUUAUUUUCUUCGCGAGCCCUAUGGUCCCAACACCUACUCCUUCGGCUAUGAAAUUAAUGACCCGCAGACCCACAACUCUCAGUUCCGUGAGGAAAAACGCUUUGUUAAUGGAAGCAUUCAAGGAAGUUAUGGUUAUGCCAGGCCUGAUGGAAAAGUAGAGGUGACUAGCUACACAGCAGAUGAGGAAAAAGGUUAUUCUGCCCAAUCGCAGUCUUUCCAAAAGGAAGACGAAAAACUUAAGGCUGCCUGGCCCACUCAACGUCCUGAUAUUCUCGUUGAAAGGGAUAGGAUCGAUUCUCCUGGGAAUGUAACAUGGGAUCCCAAGAGCAAUCUCAACGUAAGCGUCUCCCAAGUGGCAGAUCAUGUGGCCCAGCAGCUGAAGGAUCAGCACGGCCUGGAUCUAAACCACAUCGAUGUCAGCAAGGAUGUCCUGAAACCAGCAGUACUAGAUGUGAUUCAGGGCAAGGCUCCCGCGAAAGUCCAGCCAGUACAGAAUGUAAUUCCCCCGCAGUUCCCAAUAGUUCCCUUUAUGCUACCAACAGAUCAGGAAACACCGAAGGUCACCACAGAAUCCCCUUCCACUGUGGUGCCAAAAAUAUCGGAUAGUUCCAAAUACAACAGGGGAAAAACCAAUAAUGAUGAAAAGGCUCCACAGGUCGAGGAAACGGAGGCGGAGAAGGAGAAGGAGAAGGAGGCCCGGUUGCCACCGCCCAGGCCACUGGCUAAUAGCAGUUUCAGCCACGACAGUUGGCAGCAUCGAACCGUUGAGGCUAAUCGUCGUGAAUUCCUGGCCAAUUUGCCCAACCUAAGUGAGGCCAGGCCGUAAGUGAGUGUUCAAACCUAUAAAUAGGGGUUAAGCCAACUAAACCAAAACACACGAAAUAUAAAAAGGUAGUUUUCCAAUUUAAAGUCAAUAACAAUUUGUGCCAGAGCCCUAGUUAUUAGGUAAGUUUCUUUCACUUUUUGAACGACAAGAGCCACAAAAGAAUUCCACAUAUUGUAUGGCAUAAUUGAGGCUGCUAUGAAAGUGAUAAAAAAUAAAAGAAAAGGAGUUGAGCUGAGUAUCUGCAGCAUUU